AUGUCCACAACAACGAUUUACCAGGGGUCACAUCUCACCACGACCUCUACCGUUACAGCCAGUUGCACUACAGCAGUGCCAGGGACGUACGGCUACGUGCCAUUCGACCCUAAUACCUGCAACUUCAACUAUCAUUUCUACCCAAGCUUCACUGGCAACCUUGCCUUUGCCACAAUCUUCGGAUUAAGCACCAUUGUCCACUUGAUCGAAGCAAUCGCGUUUAAAAAGAAAUUCUGCUGGGUGGUCAUUAUGGGAGGGGCAUGGGAGACAGGCGCAUUCAUCGCACGAACACUCGGCUCCCGUGACCAACAAGAGGAACAGUUUGCCUUUUGGGGGGGCUUCUCUUCAUUUUGGCACCACUCUAUUCCGCUGCUGACUGUUGAAUUAGGGGUGAAUGCCUUUGUGUAUAUGACAGUCGCGCGAAUGGUACAUUUCGGCUUUGCCGACAAGCAAAUAUGGAAUAUUAAGGCGACCAAGCUGACCGUCCUCUUCGUUUGGAUCGAUGUCGUCUGUUUUCUCGUCCAAGCCGGAGGGGGUGGCAUGCUGUCAAUUAAAGACGAACCUAACAUAGCCAGAAUAGGCACAAAAGAUACAUCAGGUGCCUCGUUGCAACAACGGCCGAUUGAAGGGUUUAACAUUGGUGAUGUUGGCGGUAUUACUUCUCAUCGUGGUAAAGUAUUACAGGUUCGAACGGUUUAUCGCUUGAUUGAAUUCGGGCCGGGCCUUAAUGCAGACAACCCCCUACUAACCAAGGAAAUCUAUCCCUUCGCCCUCGAUGCGCUUCCGAUGAGCUUGGCACUGACAAUGCUGAACGCGAUGCAUCCUGGCUUCGUUCUACGUGGGACGGAUAGGGAAUUUCCCUCUCUCAGCCGAGCGGAAACAACAGCUAUACAAAGGCAAAAAAAGGAGGAACGCCAACAAUCAAGGGCUACUGACAGUACUCGCAAAAACAGAGAGUAUAUCCGUAUGGAGCAUAUCGGGGAUAUCUACCCCGGCUUUAGAACUUCUGGUGACAAGGGUGAAACGGGAAACAAGGGCCACCCUGGAGCCGCCCAGUCAACCGGCAACCGACCUCUGCGUCAAGCUGAUAAGUGCAUGGAGUCUUAUAGUUAUGGCCGCAUUCAUUGGACCGUUCCCCAUCCCUAUUGCAAUAGUACGUGCUUGAAACAAGCUGCCAUCGUUCCAUUUCCACAGACUCGGGGUACCAAUUUGGCAUCCUUUAAGGCUUAG